CACUUCUCCCAGUGCGGCAAUCGGUGCGGCCCCCACCCACUUCUCUCGCCGCUGCCGGGCGCUGGGGUGACGUCAGUGGAAUGCGCCGAAUGUUUACGUGGAGAUGGUAGAAAGCGGCAGGCGCUGUAGCUAACGCUGCGCAUUACUGUGUGUGUGUCUGUACAGGGGCCGGCAUGGAGGAGGAGGAGGACCAGGAGAGGAAGAGGAAGCUGGAGGCUGGCAAGGCUAAGCUUGCUCAGUUCAGACAGCGUAAAGAUGGCCAGCAUCCAUCAAAGAAGCCUAAAAAAAAGAAAUCCUCAGCUGGCUCCAAAGGACAGAAAACGGCUGAAGAUGCCCAAGAAACAACUUCUUCACAUCAUGGUCACUCCCAAAGCACUGAUGGAGCUGCUGCUACCGAAGAGUUCUCCAUCAUGAGGACUUUACCCCAUGGGGAAACUAUAAAACAUGACAAGACUUACACAGUAGAACACGAAAGUGAAAUUUCCAGUACAGCUGAUGAUUAUAGUUCUGAGGUAACUGGUGCCAGUUUUCUCCCGAGAGCAAACAGUACAGCAGAGCUUGUGAGGGAAGAAGAAGAAUUCGAAGUGCGAGAGACUUUCUCUGAGCACGGCACAUGCAGCUCUCUGACAAGGCUAGAGGUGAUGGAGGAUGAGCUGGCUGGAAAGCAGCAAGAAAUUGAAGAGCUGAACAAAGAGCUGGAGGAGAUGAGGGCAGCCUAUGGCACACAAGGACUGCAGCAGCUUCAAGAGUUUGAAACGGCAAUAAAGCAAAGAGACGAUAUCAUCACCCAACUUACAACAAACCUCCAAGAAGCGAGAAAGGAAAAAGAUGAAAUAAUGAAAGAGUUUCUUGAACUUACAGAACAAAGCCAAAAAUUAAAGAUUCAGUUUCAGCAUUUACAGGCAAGUGAAGCACUUAGAAACAAUAGUCAUACAAGUACAGCAGCGGAUCUUCUUCAGUCAAAGCAGCAAAUGCUCACUUAUCACCAACAGCUGGAAGAACAAGAGCGCCAGCUAAAACUUUUUCAGAAAGAUAAUGAAAGCUACAAGGCACAUAAUGUAUCCCUGCAGGCCAAGAUUCAGGAUAUGGAACAGCUUAAAGAACUUGAACUGUUGUAUGAAAGAAAGCUAAACGAAAAAGAUGUGUCCAUUGAUAACAUGAAAACAGCAUUAGAGGAGGAAGAAAGAAAAUCAAGCCAGCUAACAGAAAGAAUAUCACUAGUUGAAAAAUCAGCCGAAGAAUUGAGGCAAGAGUUAGUAAUAAAAAACCAAGAAAUAAAUAACCUGACUGAAGACUUUAGCACUUCCAAACAGAGAGAAAGACAAUCUUCCGAAGAAGUAAAGCUGCUGAUGGGUACAGUGGAAGAGCUACAGAGAAAACACUAUAAAGGCAAUCAGUCUGAGGCAGACGUAGUUCAACGAAUGGAGCUGGAAGCAGAAAGGAAACUAGAUCAGCUUCGGGCAGAACUAGAUGAAAUGUAUGGUCAACAGAUAGUGCAGAUGAAACAGGCAUUAAUCAAGCAACAUGCAUCUGAGAUUGAAAAGCUUCUUGCACAGCAUAAAGCAGAAUUAGAUAACAUUUCUACCCAGUCAACAGUUAGUAUAACCAAUGAACAAAUCAAUGAACUCAGUAUUACAAUAAACCAAUUGAAUGCCCAACUGCAGCAUUCUAAGAAACAUCAAAGUAAAAUGAAGGAAGAUUUUUUCUUGCAAAUUAAAGCUGUAUCAUCUGAGAAAUCUCUGUUACAAGGGCAAAUCAAAGACUUGUUGCAGGAUCUGAGUCUUGCUCGAGAGCAAAUUGAAAAAGCGAAAGAAAGCAUAACAGAAAAAGAAAGCAAACUCAGUGAAGCUAGCAGUUUACUUGUCACAACGGAUGAUCUGAAAGCAGAGCUGGCAGCUGUAAAUGCAUAUAUGAAAGAGUUAGAAACCAAACACGAAGCUGAAAUUACAAAUUACAAAAUUAAGCUUGAUAUGUUAGAGAGGGAAAAAGAUGCUGUUUUAGAUAGGAUGGCUGAAUCUCAAGAAGCUGAAUUAGAGAAGCUUAGGACACAUUUUUUGUUCAGCCAAGAAGAGGAACUCUCAAAACUUAGGGAAGAUUUAACUCGAGAACAUUCAGUUAACAUUGAGAAUCUAAAACAAAAUCUUGAUUCACAGUUUAGGCAACAACUUGAUAAUAUGCAACAAGAUAUGAGCCAGACUAUAAUCACAAUGCAAUGUGAAAAAGAUAGCUUAGUAACCAAAAAGAACAAUUUAAUGCUGGAGAUUUCAAAGCUGAAAGACCUACUACAUUCAGUUGGUGAUCCCCGAUCUGAAGAAAUGAUGAUUCAGAUGAAUGAACUUCAGAAAGAGCUUGAACCUUACAAGAUGGAAGAGAAGGAAAAGGAAACAACAGAGCAAGACUUUGAGAUGCUUCAACUUAAAAUUAAGUUGCUUGAAAAAGAAGUUAAAGAAAAAGAUGCUCUAGAUGAGCAGAUUGCAUCUCUAAAGGUGGAUAUUAGAAUUCUCAGAGAUGAAAACAAUACUUUGCAGACUACUCUAAAAAACUACAGCAUUAUUGGUUCUGUCAGUGAACAGAGUGAUGAUAAAAACCCAGAGUUAAGAAAUGAAAUAGAAAAGCUUACGUUAGAGAUUAAGCAACUUCAUAAAUUGGAAUUUAUAUUAAAGGAGGAGAUUGAAAGACAAAAGAACACAUUUUCAUUUGCAGAGAAAAAUUUUGAGGUCAACUUCCAUGAAUUACAAGAAGAAUAUACAUGCCUUUUGAAGAUAAAGGAGCAACUAGAAGAUAGGAUAACAAAAAGAGAAGAAGAAUACAGCACAAACCUUAACUCUCUUAAUAAAGAGUUGGCAAAGUUAAAAGGCAUUUGUACAGAGGAAAACUUAGCUCUUAAAGACAUCAAGCAUGAGGUUCCUGGUCCACCUAAACUUGUCAAAGCAGAUGCACUUGAGGCUGGAGAAGUUGUUGAGAAAGAUACUACUGAGUUAAUGGAAAAGCUUGAGAUUGCCCAACGUGAUAAGCACGAAUUGUCUUUGAAACUUUCUGAUCUCUCUGAGCAGAUGCAGUUGAAGCAAAAUGAAAUUAAUCUGCUGAAGGAACAUGUGAAAUCAUUAUGCCAAGAAAGAGAUAAUGCUUUGUCUGAUCACCAGAAGGACAAGGUAAUAGGCAUGAAAGAGACAUUAAGUGUUCAAUCUGACAAAAAAUCUUUGAACAAUAGAUUGGAAAUAAUGUCAAAUGAAGAGAUCGACAAGAGUGACACCUCCCUUGCGGAAGAGAGUUUGAUUUAUGAAGUGCAUGAAGAUAUUCAGCAUCUAAAUAACUGUUCACUUUCACACUUAUCUCCGGAAACUUGUGAUUCAAAGGUUGAGGAAGAGACAGAGUUCACCAUGCAAAGGCUCCACGAAUUGUCACACAGAGUAGACACUGAAUCUGCUCUCUUGGUAAGAACACAGAAAGAAAGAGACGGUCUUCAACAGGAACUGCACUAUGCUCAGGCUGACUUGAAGCUUCAGUUGGAAGCUCAACGAAUAAGUCUUACUCAGAUUUACAAUGCUCACAUCGAACUAAUCAAUGAAAACAUGCAAAAACAUAAAGAGGAUGAACUCUGCAGUCUUAAGAAGGAGAUGCUAAAGAUCCAGGAACUGAAAACUAAAGAGCUGCAAGAUGUACACCAGCAAGACCUGCAAGCCCUCCAGUUACCAAAAACAGGUGGAGAUUCAAAAUCGUGUCAGAUCUUAAUAGAAUUGCUAAUUAAGAGGAUCAGUAAUGAACUAAAUCAUAUUAAUGAGAACAUAAACAGACAUUUCCUGGAGAAAAAGCCAGAAAAUAUGGAUGGAACAGAAAACAAGGAAAGCUCUUUGCAAGAAAGUUCAUGUCCUAUAGCCUUGGAGCAACAUCUAACUGAAGUGCAAGCUAAAUACGCACAAAUGACACAUUUUCUGAAAGAUUUCCUAAAAGAAUAUCAGCAGAUAACCCAGUUUUACAGCAAUCCGGAGAUUGAGAAGGAUCAAACCAUCAGAGAUGACCUGGAGGGGGCUACUACUUUACAGAGCUUAACUACCAUGCAUUCUCCAGUUGGAGGCAUUGUUGAUGUCCAGGGGGCUGCCACAUCUCGGUCACAUGAAGUUGAAAAACUUAAAAUUGAGUUCAGCCAUCAAAGAGCCCAACUUGAGGAGAAGCAUUCACAAGAAAUAGAGCACCUACGAUUUUAUUUUCAACAACAGUUAAAGGAAAAUGAAGAACGGUACACUACAGAGAUUAUCCAUUUGCAAGAACACAUUCAGAAUGUCAGUGAGACCUCACUGGAUUUCCGGGAACUCUCUAAAAUGCAGUCUGAAGUGGAAGAAGCCUUACAUGAAGCUGACAUUUUGAAAAGUCUCAGUACCUCAGUUACAGAUACAGAAAAGAUGGAUGAACAAGGACAAGCAGGGGAUAAGCCUGUCAAGAGGCCCAUUGGUCCUAUUUAUGAGCAGUUGCAAACACUCCGCCAGGCUUCAUACUCUAGGUACCUAGAAGAAGUGAGUGGACUGAAAAAACAACAUGAAGCAGAAUUGAUACAGCUGAGAGAAGAUCUAAAUGAAAAAUAUUACCAAGAGAAUGCAACCCUGAAAGAACAGAUUAAACUACUGACAAAGACUGAGCAAGAUAAUUCAACUGGAAAUUUUGAGAAACUUCAGCGGUCUCCUGUCAAAGAAGAGGGCAAGACUCCAGCUGAUAUAAAUCAGUUAUUGGAAGAACGCUACCAAGAGAGAAUACAGGAGGAAGUAGCAAAGGUUAUUGUAGAGAUGACAGUGGCAUUUGCCCAGAAAAGUGAGCUUGCCAGGCUGGCUGCACCUAUGGAUAGCCGAAGUGCACGGAAUUAUAAAGGUUCUCAAGAAACAGCUGGGGCAACACAGAAGAAGGAGGAGGAACAUCAACCAUUCCACGAGGAGGAAAAAAGCUUGCAGGUGGUUGAGUCCUCAUCUCUUGACAACAUCCACAUACAAGAUGGCACGGAUGUUCCACAUCGCGUUACAAGAGAUGUGGCUGCAGUAAUCAUAGGCACACCAAACACUUCUUUAAGCCAAGAACAGAAUAGUGACCUGCACCCAAAACACCAAGAAAAAAAUGUGACUGUCGACUCACAUUUCAAUGAAAAAACCGUUGUCCUCAAAGAAGAAGACUAUAACCGGAUGCUUGCGAUGGGUGCAGAAAAUGCCAAGCUAAGGCCUUUGUAUGAAGAACAUGUAGAAGACAUGAGACAAGAACUGGUGAGGCUCGAGCAGGAGCACCAGCAGUCUGUUGAGGCCAUGAAAUAUGCUCACAUGGAACAGCUGGAAAGGCAGAUGUAUGACCAGGAGCAACUCCUCUCUGAGCUGCAUGUGGUCCGAGCACAACUAAUUGUGAAUACUUCAAUGGCCACAGAAAGCCAAGCCAGUGAAACAGAAGCAUUGUCGGAAGAUUCACAGAGCCCUGAAACUGAAGAGAAUCCGACUGUCACUGUGUGGGAUAAUAGCUCACUAACACUGGAAGAACACGUGGAAGAACAAGAGAGCGAAAGUAAGGAUGAAUUCUGGGAUGGUAUAAGCAAGAAGGAAGACGGAAAUAAUGAUGAAAGCGAGGAUGCCGUACCAGAUGACCCCAUCUGUGACAGGAAACACUUGAUAAGGACAAAUAAGCAAUUCCUUAAGAUCCUGCUUGAGAUAGUAAAAACAACCAGUGCUGUGGAGGAAACAAUAGGACACCAUGUCCUGGGACUGCUAGACAAACCUGGAAGACGUUCAUCUGCUUCCCAAGCGUUCGAUUGGAACCCUGGAAGUGAAGAUUUGGGGGCGACUUUUGACUUAGAGGCACCUAAAACAACAGGUCCUAUUGUUCUGAAAGACUUUAUUGGAUCCACGGAAGCAACCGAAGAAGAACUGGACCUAUUUGUGCAUCUCACGGAUAGAGGGCUUGCAGGAGAUGCUCUGAUUUCAGAGGACCAAGCCCAAGUGCUACACAUAAGCACAAGACUUCAAGCAGCAGUGGAAAAACUUCUGGAAGCCAUCAAUGAAACCAACAAUCAGCUUGAACAUGCCAAAGCUGCCCAGACAGAGCUUGUACGUGAAUCCAUUAAAAGGAAACAGGAGACUGCAAAUUUGCUCCAAUGCCAAGAGGAGCUUCAAGAAAGACUCAACGAGGAGGCCAAAGCUAGAGAGCACUUGGCACUGGAACUCAGCAGAGCAGAAGGCCUCCUCGAUGGAUAUUCAGAUGAGAGAGUCUUUCUUGAAAAGCAAAUUCAGGAAAAAAAUGAUCUGGUCCAGCAUAUGGAGCAGGAGCUGCAGCGUACAGGUAACAGAUUGCAGGAAUUUGAACAGGAGCGCCAGCAGCUACAGGAGGAGAGGGAGCUUCUCUCCAGGCAGAAAAUUGCACUGAGGGCCGAGGCAGAACCUGUUGUGCAACGCUUAGUAGAAGCUGCAGUCGAUGCAGCUCCCACUGAAGAGUUGAUGGAGGAGUCUGAGAAACUGCUGAAGGAGAGAAUAGAGGUGCAGCGUCAGGCAGAAAAGGACUCUGGGGACCUUUACAAACAAGUCAAAGUGCUGGAAACAGAACUGGAAGAGCAGAUGAGCCGGAAUAUGGAAAUAGAGCAAGAGAAGAAUUUAGAUCUAGAAGACCUUCGCCAAAAGAAUCUGUCCUUGGAAAAGCAACUCGAAAAAACACGCAAAUUUUUAGAUGAACAGGCAGUGGAUCGAGAGCAUGAAAGAGAUGUUUUUCAGCAGGAAAUCCUGCAACUUGAGCAGCAACUUAAAAUGCCACAAAGGCACCAGCCUGUUACAGAUCAUCAAAGCAAUGCGCUUGAAAAACUGGAAACUAACUUAAAGGAAAAGACAGACAAAUGCAAUGAACUUCUGCUCUGCAAAGAACAGUUCCAGCGGGAUAUUCAGGAAAGGAAUGAAGAGAUUGAGAAGCUGGAGUGUCGGAUCAGGGAACUGGAGCAAGCCUUGCUCACCAGUGAUGAUACUCUUAAGAAGGUGGAGCUCAGAAGACAGUCGAUCAUCAUUAGUUCCAAGGGGGAAAUGCCUCUGGAAGCACAACUCCAAGUGGAGCGUGAUGCAAUAGAUCGAAAAGAGAAUGAGAUCACAAACCUAGAAGAGCAACUAGAACAAUUCCGGGAAGAACUGGAGAACAAGAAUGAAGAAGUACAGCAGCUCCACAUGCAGCUAGAAAUUCAGCGAAAAGAAUCUUCUACCCGAUUACUGGAGCUGGAACAGGAAAAUAAAGUGCUCAAGGAUGAAAAUGUAGAGGAUGAUGAUAAAGGCUCUCCUAUAAAGACGCACCACAUGAAACCAGAAGUGUUUGAACAGGUACUACUUUUGAAGGAGCAGGAAAUUGAUCAACUGAAUGAGCAAGUCGGAAGACUACAGGCACAACUUGAGACCGCAACAGAUAACAAAAUUAUUGAGGAUAAGAAUAAUCAAAUUAAAGAAUAUAAGAGUCAAAUAAAAUGCUUAAAAAGCGACCAAGAACGUCUUAAAAGGAACAGUGAAGAAGAGAUAGAAAAACUUAAUGAAAUCAUUGAGAAACUUCAAGAUGAAUUGGCAAAUAUAGACAGCAAAGUGUCUGUGGACUUUACUAGCAUGACAGAGGAUUCGGAUAGCAGUAAGCACCAGCUUGAAGCCAUAACAGCAGAAAAAGAUUUGCUACAGCAGAAGAUGGAGCUCAGUGAUACGGAGCUGGCCAUUACAAGGACUGCACUAGACAAAACAAAAGCUGAAAUGGAGUUGCUGAAAAAGGAAUUAAAUAAUGUGAGAGAAGGCCAAAUUGCUGAUAAAAGAUUAGACAAUGAGGUGGAAGCUACAUCAGAGCCUUUAGCAAAUUCUCUUCUACAGGAACUUCAGCAAAUUAUAAGAGAAAAGAAUUUAGAGCUGCUGCAAUAUUAUGAUAAAGUUAAGCUACUAGAACAACAGAGCCAAGUCAUAGAACAACUGAAUGAAGAUAUAAGGAAACUCCAGGUGGCAUUGGCUGAAAAGGAAGAGAGCACUGUUGCAGAUUCAGUCUUUAGCAUUGAAGUCUCUGGCAAUUCAGAAUACCAAAAUAAAACCGAUGAGGAGGAAAUGUCUUUAGGUGGUGGAAGUUCUGGUAUCAAAGAGGGUCUACAAAGCAUUGAGCUUGAGGAAACACAAGCAAAAUUGAAAUCGCUGAAAGAAGAACUAGAAAAACUGAAACAGUCUCCAGAAAAUACGUCUGCAGUUAUAGAGAAACUGGAGGAUACAUUAAGAGAAAAGACAGCUGAACUCUUGACAAGUCAGGCUCUGCUUGACUCUGUGCAGGAGACUGUGCAAAGCACCAUGCAGAACUUAGAGUCUCAAGUACAGAGUUUGCAGAAGGUUGUUAAGGAAAAGGAUGCAGAACUUCUACAAUAUGCAGUUCAGAAGGAGCUUCUAGAAAAACAAGAAGUGCAGAUUGAACAACUAAAUGGGAUAAUCGAAAAUCUUCGUCACAAACUAGACAAAGUAGAGCAAAGUCAUGUACCAGAGAAGGUGGAAAGAGACAAAGACUUUUUAACAGAUCAGAUGCAAAACAAAUUGCUGCAAAACACAGAAUUAAAUGGGGAGGAGGCCACCUUUUUAAAGAUAGAACUAGAAAAUGCACAGGCAGAGGUUAAACUCUUGAGAGAUGAGUUAUCCAAAUUGCAUGCAUCUCUUUCUAAGAGUGAGGAGAAUUUAAGAGAGGCAUUAAGUGAAAAGGUCCAACUUUUGGAAAACCAGGCUUUGUCUGCUUCUGCGGAAGAAGCCAUGAAGAAAGCCAUGAAGAACAUGGAGUCCCAGUUACAAGAACUUCAGAUAGAUAUUAACAAAAAAGACCUAGAACUUCUACAGUGUUCAAAUGAAAUUGAGUUGCUCGAGGAGCAAGUAAAGACUCAAAGAAAUCACAAUGAUGAAGUGAUAUUAGCUAUGGAAAACACACUCAGGGAAAAGGUGGCUGCAGCUUUGGUGAGUGAAGCUCAAGUGAAGGCUAUCCAAGUGCACUCUAAGCUGAUGCGACAGACAGAUUUGCACAUUCUGCAAGAAGAAUCCAAAGGAACUCAGACUUCAAAAUCUCAUGAAAAAGAAGUAGCAGAGACCAACUUCUCUGUUCUAUCAUUAAGACUUUUACAGCUAGAGAAGCAGUUAUCAGACCUCCAUGAAGAACUGCAGGCUGAACGGGAGCAUGCCGUCACUGCGAAUCAACAGAUUGCUGAAAAAGAUAAGAAACUUGCUGAACUGCAGCAACUUUUGGACUGCACUAAUGAUAGAAGUGAUGAGAGAAUUCUAGAGGAAACACCUGAUGCUGCAAAGCUUUUACAUGUGCCAUCUCAAGGCAGUGUUGCAGAAGAGCAGCUUGAAAGACUCAAAGCAGAGGCUAAAGCUUCCAGGGAAGAAUUGGCUCACUACAGAGAGGUGGCAGAGAAACUGAAAGAGGAGCUUUUGGUAAAAGAGGCAAGUAUUAGCCACUUAGAAGAAGACCUAUGUCAUGUGAGGAAAUGCCUGAUGGAAGCAGAGGAGCAACUUAAAGCUCAUAUGAUAAUGGAAGCACAACAAGCAGAAGAGAAACAAUUAAGGGAUGACUUACCUGGCAGCUUAGGAAACCUGGAGCCGACUCCCCUAGAAACAAAAACAUCUUCCUCACAAACUGAGAAAACCCAGAGUGUUAACAAUAGCAACCAGACUCCACCAAUCCAUCUUACUGAUACGGGAGUCCAAAAUGUGCUGGAUGAAGCACGGUGGGGCAGCACCUCUGAUGACGUAGCAGCAAUUAUAAAACCGUACAUAGAAAAGAUCGAGCAAAUGCAGGAUCUUCAUGCUGCUGAAAUCCUUGAUAUGGAGGCAAGACACAUUUCAGAGGCAGACUCACUGAGAACAGAUCAGUAUGUUGCAGUUCAGGCUCUCACUGAGGAAUGUGAAGCAUUGAAAGCGGUGAUAGGAUCCAUGAGAGCCACAGCUGGGCCUGUUAAGCCAGAUUCACUUCUUCCUACUCCAUACCAAUUUACAGAUACCACCUCUAGCGACACAGGCUCUGACUGGAGCCAAGGAGCCUACGUUCCAAAUUUUGAAUCUGUUCCAGAUGGAGUAAGAAGUGACGAUGAAGUUACAACAGAUUUAUUUCCGAACAAGAUAAAGAAUUUGUUAAGAGCAGUUCACCAAGAGAGUAUUCAGGUUUUAUCACUAACUGAGCCAGAUGGUGCUGACGAUGAUUCCCAGUCUUUCCCUGCCAACCUGGAGCCUUGGCUCAAGGAGAGAAAAACUUUGCUUGAAACCAUUGCAUCUCUGAAAGAUUUGAUUGGCAAAAUGCAAAUUCACAAGGAGGCUAAGGCUUCAGCAAGUCCUGACUUGUAUGACCUUAUCCCGGACUGGCGAGGAGAGCUUCUCAGAGCCAUACAGGAAGUGUUUGACAGGGAACAAGAUGUUAUGAUCUCUGCAUUCCACACACAGCUGACAUCUCUGGGUACCUGCGAUGCAGCCACACUAGUGAAUCACAUGCAACACAGGCUUCAGGAGCAGGGAAUGGAGCAGAUAAAUGCAAUGGACUGCAUACAGAAUGCAGACAGGAGAAGCUUGUUACUCGAGGUCCAGGAUCUUCGUUCUCAGCUAUUAAGUUUAAGGAAUGAUGUUGCUGCUAAACCACUAUCAGUGUCAAUAGUGGAAGACAUGUCUUAUCAAAAUUUGGAAAAUGAUCAUGCGCAUCAGAUUCAAGAUUUGCACCUGCAACUUAAUAGGAUAAGCGUAAAAUCCAGUGAAUUGGAAGAGCAGCUCAACUCAGAGAGACAUGUGGUGGCCGAAGUUAAAAAUGAACUUGCACAAACCAAGAUUGAACUGGAGUCUACCCUCAGCCUACAGCACAAGCACUUUAAAGAGCUGGAGUCUCUCAGGCUGGAAAUCAAACAGAGGUCAGAUGAUCUUGACGCAGUCAGCGAAGCUUUAGCAAACGAGCAAAAAAAGGCUAGAGAAUUGCAGUGGGCUCUGGAGAAAGAAAAAUCCAAAGUGGAGCGCAGUGAAGAGAGGGGGAAAGAAGAACUUGAGGACUUGAAAAUGUUGUUUGAGACACAAAAUGAGAAGAUUAUGGAGAUCAGCAACCUUUUGGAAAAUGAAAAGCAGAUGGUAAAAGAUCUCCAAGAAAGGAUAGCGUCUAGGGAAAUUACCUUUGAUGCCGAAUUGUCACAGGAGAAAAGCAAGGCUUCAGAGCUUCAAGCUUUCCUUGACGAAGAGAGGAAUCGGUGUAAAGAGCUGACAAAUGCACUAGACUGUAGAACAAAAUUACAUACACAACUUCAAAAGUGUGAAGGAGGUGAACAGUCUGAUUCACACAGCCAGGCUGAUGACUUACUGAAAGGCCUGCAGAGUCAGUUGGAAGCUAAGCAUCAUCGCAUUGUAGAGUUGGUGGGAGAAAUGGAGUCCUAUAAGCUGGAGUGCGUUCAGUUGCGACAAAGCAUUGAUGAAGAAAAGCAGAAUCAUAGAAAGCAGAUAGAAGCAGAGAACGACUCUGGAAAAGCUGCUCAUGUACAAGCACAGGAGCUUAAGGCCAUGGUGGAUGACCUCCAGCAGAAGUUAAAUGAGAAAACUUUACAGUUACUGAAAGUGAAGGCAGAGGAAAAACACUUGAAAGAGACAAUCCACAGACUGGAAAAUAAUAAUAAUCAACAGGUCGUCGCUGAGCAGAGAAGUGAAAGAAGAGAGCUUGGUGCAAGUACUAGUGGAUGGAAAAGCACCAUAGACACACCAAGAAGUAAUGGGCACCAGCAGAUCGAGGAAAGGUCUCCCAGAUCAUUGAGACAAGUUCCUUCCAUCGCACUGAAUGGUGACUAUAUUGGAGGAGGGGGCCCUUUCAGUGUAGAGACCAUCAGGCAAAGGUUGCAGAGGGUGUCCGAUAAGCUGAAACACUUGUCCAACAAAGCCAGCCAAAGGAUACAGUUUGAGGAUGUAGACCAUGAAGACUUGACCUGGUCAAAAAGCAGCAUUCAGGAGAUUAUAUUUCAGCUUGGACAAGUAGCAGUUUUGUCACUUGACGGAGAGAAUUUUGUUUUCCCACCCGGGAUAUCCACAAACACACUUACAGAAAAGUUGCUGACACAAAAUGCAGAGCUUACAGGAUAUGUCAGUCGAUUGACGGAGGAAAAGAACGAUCUCCGGAAUGCGUUACUAAGACUUGAGGAAGAGGCCUGUCGCCAUCGACUGAGAGGACCGUCAGGUGACCAUUCCUUUGGACCAUUAUCAGUGGAGAAUACAACUAAUAUCGAUAUACUCAUUGCCUCUGAGAGAGAGCUGUGGACCCGAGAGAAGCUAAGGCUACAGCAGUCUUUGAAACUGACAGAAGCAGAGUUAUCCAAAGUGAAAGCUGAACUGAGGAUUGAAACCACGCAGAGGGAUUCGGGACGGGGAUCAGAAAAUACUGCUUUGAAAAGAGUGUACAGCAAAUACCUCCGGGCAGAGAGUUUCAGGAAAGCCCUUGUUUACCAGAAGAAAUACCUCCUACUGUUACUUGGCGGAUUUCAGGAAUGUGAAGAUGCCACAUUAGCUCUAAUUGGCAGAAUGGGUGGGCAACCCAGCUACACAGACCUAGAAGUCAUAACGCACCAUACGAGAGCCUUCACGCGCUUCCGCUCCGCUGUUAGAGUGUCCAUAGCCAUUUCAAGAAUGAAGUUCUUAGUUCGGAGGUGGCAGCGAGCAACUGGCUCUAGUCCAAGCAGUAUAAAUAGAAACGUAUUUGGGCAAAUUACAGGCAAUGAGCUGAGGACAGAGUCCCCCUACCCUCCCAGCGGCAGUUUGGAUAAUUACGGGGAGCAGAGGCACUUGGCAUGUCGCUCCAGAUCAGAGUUUGAUUCCCCACAGUCCACUGUGAAUUCCCAACACAGGAAUAAUACGGUCUCUGAUGCCAGUCCCUCCUCCUAUCUCCGGAAUUAUGACCCUGACAGAGCUUUAACAGACUACAUAACCCGCCUAGAAGCACUACAGAAACGGCUCGGCAGCGUACACACAGGUUCCACCAACACAUCACAUCACACUACAAGAAGGUAAUAUCUUUGCAAUACUUGACCUGCCUCCUGUAAAUCUGCGCUGCUUCUGUGAUUCCGUAUUGUGCACACGAAUGGGACCAACAGCAGCCCACAGACACAAUCGCACACAAUUUCACCCACACCCGUCCAGCAGUCUGGAAUUUCUGUAUAUGAGCAUUUUUAUUUUGUGUUUCCUUAUAAAAAAAAAAAUCAGCCUCUGAAUUAAAUGUACAUUUUGUGGAUUUCUAAUUUAAACGAUUAACUUAUACGUAUUUAUCAAACGGGUGAACGAACUUUUUAUGUAUUGCGGAACGGACGGCCUUGCUUGGAGGCUGAAGAAAACGUUGUGUCCUCAUAUUUGCUACUGGCAAUGCGGAUUGAACUUAUAUGUAGAGACCUAUUUUUGUAAAGGUAGAAGUUUUGAAUUUUAUGGGUAUUUUGUCAAGGUACUGAAACAAAAUAAAUUUCAUCAUUUUAA